UUAGUUUUUGUAGCACUAUUCGUUAACCGAACCGGAGGGGGGAAGCAUCGGCGAGUUCUUUGAAUCGGAGAUCGCCGCCGGUAAAACGCAGAGCCAAUGGCCGGAAAACUCAUGCACGCCGUUCAAUACGAACGUUAUGGCGGCGGAGUCGCCGGAUUGAAGCAUGUGCAAAUUCCGAUCCCGUCGCCUAAGAGAGACGAGGUUCUGAUAAAACUGGAAGCAGUUAGUCUGAAUCCAGCUGAUUGGAAGAUUCAGAAAGGGUUACUCCGCCCGUUUAUGCCCCGCAAGUUCCCUUUCAUUCCCGCUACUGAUGUUGCCGGAGAAGUUGUCGGAGCUGGACCGGGAGUCCAUAAAUUCAAAGCCGGUGACAAAGUUGUAGCCUUUUUCAACCCCUUUACCGGAGGAGGACUUGCCGAAUACGCUGUCGUGAGCGAGAACCGAACCGUGGCCAGGCCGGAAGAAGUCCAGCCACACCAGGCCGCAGGUCUACCCAUCGCUGGUCUCACGGCUCUGAUGGCUAUAACCCAGUCCGCGGGCCUCAAGCUCGACGGCCCGGACCCAAACGACCCCGUCCAGCUGGCCAAGCUAGCGAAUGCCCACGUGCCCGCCACUUGCGGCUCGCGCAACAUUGACCUUGUCAGGUCGUUGGGAGCGGACGAGGUCCUCGACUACACAACGGCCGAAGGAGCCACCCUCGCGAGCCCGUCGGGUAGAAAAUACGAUGUCGUGAUACACUGCGCAAACGGGAUCGCGUUCUCGAGGUUAGAGCCGAGAUUGUCCGAGAACGGGAGGGUUAUAUGCGUCAAUGCAGAUGCAAGAACGAUGUGGGACUAUGCGGUGAAGACGAUAACGCUAUCGAAGAAGAAACUGGUUCCACUGGUAAUGAUCCCAAAGGCGGAGAAUCUGGAAACGAUGGUGAAUCUGAUGAAGGAAGGGAAGAUCAAGACAGUGAUCGACUCGAGACAUGAACUGAGCAAAGCCGAAGAGGGUUGGGCCAAAUGCAUGGACGGUCAUGCCACCGGCAAGAUCAUCGUCGAGCCGUGAACGAUAUAAUAGUAAUGUCUUUUGUUCUCUGGGAGAGAUUUCUACUUCUAGAGACUUCUUUUGCUCUGUCUAAACAGAAGCUAGGGUUUCAUUAGAUUUGACGGCGUUAACGGAGAAAGUAUUGUUCCAGAUACCGUUAACUGUACGCCGUUAAAAAGGGUUUGCCUGAGCAGAAGGGAUAUCGAUUACGUCGGCAUUUCGUUAAUCUGUACGGUCGGAGUUUGUCCUUGCUUUGAUCAACUCUUGAUAUCAGUCCAUGCGCUUUCGCA